ACAGGCUGCACUGGCUCACUUAACUCUUCUGCAGGCGUCAAUGUAGUAACUUCUGUCUCCCUCCGAGAAAAAGGAACGGAAACCUCCCUCCACAGAGGGGUAGCGAGAGACAGAAGGAAGUAAUUCUACAAACUACCACCACCACCAUGAAGACGUUCAGUGUCCUCGCGCUCAUCUUAGUCCUGCUCUGCAUCAAUGCCAGCGCAGAAUGGCCUACGCACACAGUCUGCAAAAAGGACAACUUGGAAAUACGUUACAAAAGCUGUGAUCCUCAGCAAGAUUUUGCUUUCAGCAUUGACCGAUGUUCUGAUGUCGCAACCCACACCUUUAACAUCAGAGCUGCCAUAAUCCUGAGACACAGCACCAAGGAACUGUAUGUGAAGAUGAACCUGAUCAUAAAUGGGAAGACCGUUUUAAGCUACUCGGAGUCACUCUGUGAGCCGGAUAACCCUGAGCUUAUUUUAUGUGGAAAGAAGAAAGGAGAACACAUCUACUAUGAGGGACCAGUUACACUGGGAAUCAAAGAAAUCCCACAGGGAGACUACACUAUUUCAGCUGUGCUGACUAAUGAAGAUCACCUCACUGUCGCUUGUGCUGAUUUUACCGUGAAAAAUUACUUAGAUGAUUAUUAUUAGCAACAAAUAAACAAUGUGCCAAAACGCAUUUCAUUAAAGUUACAGAUCACCAAAACUGUUCAAGCCAAGCAAGCUACUUGCAUGCUACAAUGAUUCUGAAGGAAAUAAUUCCCACAUGGUGGCUUGUAUGCUGUUUCUCCUUAUAAUUCACUCUUUUCAAGAAGUCAGUAGACCCUCUAGUGGUAAUCUUAUCUCUAAAUGCACACUGUAGCCCACUUCGUGCUUCUAACAUAUACAGCCACAAAUAGCUGUUAAUACCAGCAUGCUGGUCUCAGGAUGAUAACAGCACCAGGCAGAACAGGUGAAAGCCUAAACAAUUUUUUGCAGUGAGUCAUAGAGGCAACCAUUUGUAACACAGGCUAAAGAUAACUUUCAUAUGUAUUAUCUAUUGUGCAGUUACAGCACUCAACAGUUUCAAUCUUCCUUGAGGAUUGCCUGGAGCCUGCAUUAGUAUAGAUUUUGUUUUAGCCACUGAACAAAGACCAAAUAGGAUGAGUGUACCUUUUUUUCAAUUCUCCACGUCCAGUCAUUGUAUCACUCCAGUCUUCAGGAGUCUACUUGGAUUUUUUUUCCCCUUUUUAAUGUCUUUUUUUGUGAUACAUGAAUCAUUCUGUUUCUAACCCAUGUGCUCUACUUGCUUCUCAAUAAAUUCAUAAUAAAAGAA